AUGGCGCUUUCUACUACUAUCAAGACCCCUACGGUCACCUAUGAACAGCCUCUUGGACUGUUCAUCAACAAUGAGUUCGUCAAAGGUGUCGACGGCAAGACUUUUGAGACCAUCAAUCCCUCCGACGAAAAGGCCAUUGUCUCCGUGCACGAGGCCACCGAGAAGGAUGUCGACAUUGCCGUGAAGGCUGCUCGUCAGGCCCUCGAGGGCGCCUGGGCCCAGGUGACCCCCUCUGAGCGUGGCCGGAUGCUCACGAAGCUGGCCGAUCUUUUCGAACGCGACAUUGAGAUUCUCGCCGCCAUUGAGGCCCUGGACAACGGUAAGGCGGUCACCCUGGCCAAGGUCGAUGUCACCAACGCCGCCGGUUGCCUGCGCUACUACGGUGGCUGGGCCGACAAGAUCCACGGUCAAACCAUUGACACCAACCCCGAGACCCUCACCUACACUCGCCACGAGCCCGUCGGUGUCUGCGGUCAGAUUAUCCCUUGGAACUUCCCCAUCCUGAUGUGGUCCUGGAAGAUCGGCCCCGCUGUCGCUACCGGUAACACCGUUGUCAUGAAAACCGCCGAGCAGACCCCUCUCUCAGGCCUCUACGCUUCCAAGCUGAUUGUCGAGGCGGGCUUCCCUCCCGGUGUCAUCAACGUCAUCUCUGGUUUCGGCCGUGUUGCCGGAGCUGCUAUCUCGAGCCACAUGGACAUUGACAAGGUUGCUUUCACUGGUUCCACCCUGGUUGGCCGAACCAUCCUCCAGGCUGCCGCUAAGAGUAACCUGAAGAAGGUGACCCUUGAGCUUGGUGGCAAGUCCCCCAAUAUUGUCUUUGAUGAUGCCGAUAUCGACAACGCCAUCUCUUGGGCCAACUUCGGUAUCUUCUUCAACCACGGCCAGUGCUGCUGUGCCGGUUCCCGCCUGCUGGUCCAGGAGGGCAUCUACGACAAGUUCGUCGCCCGCUUCAAGGAGCGUGCCGCCAAGAACCAGGUCGGCAACCCCUUCGAGAGCGACACCUUCCAGGGUCCCCAGGUCUCCCAGCUCCAGUUCGACCGUAUCAUGGAGUACAUCAACCACGGAAAGCGCGAGGGUGCCACUGUUGCUACCGGUGGUGAGCGCCACGGUACUCAGGGCUAUUUCAUUCAGCCUACCGUGUUCACUGAUGUCACUUCCGACAUGAAGAUCGCCCAAGAGGAGAUCUUCGGCCCUGUCAUCACCGUCCAGAAGUUCAAGGACGAGGCUGAGGCCAUCCAGAUUGGAAACAACACUAGCUAUGGUCUUGCCGCUGCCAUUCACACUAAGAACGUCAACACCGCCAUCCGGGUCUCCAAUGCUCUGAAGGCCGGUACCGUCUGGAUCAACAGCUACAACUUGAUCUCCUACCAGGCUCCCUUCGGUGGAUUCAAGACUUCCGGUCUUGGCCGCGAGCUGGGCUCCUACGCUCUGGAGAACUACACCCAGGUCAAGACUGUGCACUACCGCCUGGGAGAUGCUCUUUUCGGUUAA